CAUCGUGGAGAGCAAACGCCAGGGAACGGCCAUCUUGUGUCAGUGAGGGGAGGGUCUGUCUUGUAUUCCUGCUGGUACUGCCCUAUUAUCCACCCGAGGCGCUCGAAACCUACUUGUCCUGAAGGUCUACAGUUAGAAGAUGUCCACGAUGAAUCCUGAAUAUGACUAUCUGUUCAAACUACUACUCAUUGGUGACAGUGGUGUGGGAAAGUCUUGCCUUCUCUUAAGAUUUGCAGAUGACACUUAUACAGAAUCUUACAUCAGUACCAUAGGUGUAGAUUUUAAAAUUCGUACCAUUGAGUUAGAUGGCAAAACUAUCAAACUUCAGAUAUGGGACACCGCAGGACAGGAACGUUUCCGAACCAUCACGUCAUCUUAUUAUCGGGGAGCACAUGGAAUCAUUGUUGUUUAUGAUACAACUGACCAAGAAUCUUUUAAUAAUGUUAAGCAGUGGCUUCAAGAGAUUGAUAGAUAUGCUUGUGAAAAUGUCAACAAACUGCUGGUGGGCAACAAAUGUGACCUUACCCACAAGAAAGUAGUUGAUUAUCAAACAGCUAAGGAAUAUGCAGAUUCAUUAGGGAUCCCAUUUCUUGAAACCUCUGCCAAGAAUGCAACCAAUGUUGAACAGGCCUUCAUGACUAUGGCUGCAGAGAUUAAGAAUCGUAUGGGACCUCCUUCUGGAGCUGCUGGGGCCACACAAGGAGUCAAGAUCAAUCCCAGUGCCCCAGUGGAGGCUCAAGCAGGUGGCGGGUGCUGUUGAACACCGUUUUAGGCUAACAUCAAAAGAUGGCAAAUCCAGGACACUAGAACUUCAGUGGGACUCCUGUUGCAACUUUACAAUCCAAAAUGUUGGUAACAGACCUAGAGCUGGGAGAUUUGUUUAUAGAAGCACUGCUGUUUUUGUGUCCUUGAUGAUGAUUGCCUGGUGUCUAGAUCGCCACUUGGUGCCGAAGAGAAGCUGGAAUCUGGGCUUUACUCGGGUGAUUUGGUUUGGAGAUGCAGGAUGCAUGUAUUGAUGGAAGACAGUUUUUAUUCUUUGUUUUGCUCUGAAAUUACAUCUUGAGCAAUUUUGAUGAGAGCUAGGGAAAAGUUUUUACUGUGAAGGUGGCACCAACAUUGUCAUACUUGCCUCUUAAAUUGUGUGAAAGAUGUAAAGUUGGAUAUCAUCUGAUCUGUUAAUCUCCUGAAUAAACGGAUAACAAGAAUUCCAGUCUUGUGGUAAAAGGAAGAUUCUCUUGCUUCUCUUGUCCUAUAACAAUUUGAAGACUUGACCAUCGUUGUACAUACAAGGUGUUUUCUUAAAGCAGAGGCAAGUAUUAAAUUUUUCAUAAUUAAUGUGCGGACACCAAAACUCAUUCAAAUAUUUCCAAUAGUUCAUCAGUGGAAGCGGGUGGAUAGCAACAUUUAGAUAUUUGAGUGCUGAAGUAAUUUUCAUUUUAUUUAUGGUAGGCACUAGGGUGAUAAGAGUUGUACCUAAUGUCUGAAUACUUGUGAUGCUAUUGGCCAACUUCCACAGCACUCGUACAUUUUAUUAAAUGUUAUUGAUUAUAUAUAUAUUGGGUGAGUUAAGAACUUUUGUAAGUUUUCAUAACAUUAUAUUCUGGUAUCUAAAAGAUUUACCAAUUAGGAAACUAUGGGAUCAGUAAAGCUUAUUAGGAGUCGUGCUGUUGCUGUACCAGAGUGAAAGUUUCUAAUUGACCUUUCUUUUGCAUAUACGCAAUACUUCUACUCAUUUUGUUAUAGCUAGGCCUUUUCCCACAAGCAUGUUAGGAUAAACACAGCACAUAUGAUUUAUACUAUGAAAGGAAAUGUUUACAAGCUUCGAGACUGGUUCUAUUAUUUACAGUGUUUUUGGGUGUUUUGUCCAGCUAAUGUAUACACUGCCCUCAAGUGUAGUGUAGAUAUUUAACCAGAGUAGACAAAAAAAAGAGAUGCUAUUUAGAAGUGUAUAUUGAUUAAUUAAUAUUCCAAUUAUAUUCACUUCCGUAGCUUAGUGUCAGUUUUACAGAUUGCGGAGGGCACGAUUCACCUAAUAUCAACAGGGCUGUGUAAACAUUACAUGGGGCAUGAAGUAUAUUGAAAGGAAGAUGUCCAUUCCAUCUCUUUUCUAUUGAUCAAAUCUGAACCUUGUACAUGAAUGAAUGUUUCACAGUAAACUGUGUAAAGAAC